AUGGAAGAGCAAUAUAGAGCCGAGAUAGAAGCUCUCAAAGAGGAGCUUGCUCAGAUUAAAUUGUCGACUCAAACUGCGUCGCAGGCCGUAGCCAGCUCAAGCAGUAUGGGGAACCUCACACGAAUGCCUGAUUUUCGCGAGUUGAAGGAGUAUGUGUCGACGUUUGAUCCGAAAGUUCCCUCAUGUCUAGCUGCGGACAUAUGGGUGAAGUCUAUAGAUGAUACUGGGGAUGUGUAUCAGUGGUCAAGUGCGGUUCGACUUCAUUGUGCUCGGUUAAAUCUCGGUGGCUGUGCAAAGUUGUGGUUGGAUAGCUGUCCAAGUGCGAUGCGAGAUUGGACAACCUUCAAGAUUGAGAUCGUGAAAGGCUUUCCAUCUAAAAAGAACCCAAUAUACUACCACAACUUGCUUUCGUCUCGUAAGUGGAAGACUGGAGAGACUGUGGAAGAAUACGUCUAUGAAAUGAUGGCAUUGGGACGGAAAGGUGGAUUUGACGAAGAAACCACGGUGACGUACAUUACAAGUGGCCUCCGGCAAUAUGUGAAGCGGUCAGGGAUGGCUCUCAGCAAAGUGUCUACGGUUGAACAGUUGCUUGAGGAGUUGCGAUGGAUUGACACUGUUGAUACGGUGGCAGUUACCAAAGUAGCAGAUACGACGCCAACUGUCUAUAGUGCUCAGCGAAAAAGUGAAUCGUCAGCAGAAGUGUGCUUUCAGUGUCACCAAGCGGGACAUAUCGCGCGCCGUUGUCCAAGAGUGAUGUGCCAUCUGUGCAAAAGGGAUGGGCAUAUGAGAAAUGAAUGUCCUAACGUUGGUCCUAAACGUGAUGUGAAAGCUUCCACACCCCGACCGAUUCGGGUUGUAGACCAGAAAAGUGCUUUCGUAAAAAAUGUGUUAGUGGGCGGAGUAUCGAUGAGAGCGCUAGUGGAUACGGGUGGCAAGGUUUCUACGAUACAAGAAAAGUUUGCGAAGAACAUCGGUGAGGUAAAACCCAGCCAAAAAGUGCUUCGUGGAUUCGGGAAAAAGGAAAUCAACGUGACCUCGAAAGUUUGCGCUGAGUUGCAGGUUGAUGGGGUGUCCUUACCGGUGGAGCUGCAGGUCGUGCCAACCUGGGUCCAAGACACGGCGGUGAUUUUGGGCGAAGAUAUCAUCGACAGUGAUGGAUUGGUGAUGGUGAAACGCAAGGGGGAUGUGAAGUUCGAAUGGGAAGCGCCACAAAAACAACAACGACCCCCUCGUGAGCCUCGGCAUCGUGAUAGCAGUGUAGAAUCGGCGAUUGCGCAUAUGUAUGCGAUAGACAUUGACUCGAAAGUGGAAGCGAUAACCGAGGAUCAGAUCAACAGUGAUGGAUCGGAUGAGUGCAAUUCGCGGUUGUGUGAGUUGAUAACGAACUACAGAGAUUGUUUUGCGGUGAACAUGAGAGAGAUGGGUCGGGCUACAUCGACCGAGAUGAAAAUUAGUUUGAUGAGUGCUGAGCCUGUGUUCGUAAAACCCCGAAAACUGGAAUACGCCCGAGAGAGUGUUUUGACUGAGUUAGUACACGAACUGUUGGAAGCUGGUAUUAUUGCCGAAACUGAGUCGCCCUAUAAUAGCCAAGUGGUGUUGGUACCGAAAAAGAACAACGAGUUCCGGAUGGCUAUUGACUAUCGGUUACUCAACUCCCGAACAAUAAAGGACAAGUUUCCAAUGCCCGAUAUUGAGUCGUGUCUCCAGAAGUUGGCAGGAGCAGAUAUGUUCAUUACCGUAGAUUUGUACAGUGGAUAUUACCAAAUACCACUGGAACCCGAGAGUCAGAACUAUACCGCGUUUUCAACAGUAGACGGUCACUAUCGGUUCCUACGAAUGCCGUUCGGCUUGGCGAAUGGGUGCGCGGUGUUCCAGAGAGCGAUGAACAAAAUAGUGGAAAAGCUGAGAAAGCAGAAGGUUAUUAUCGUGGCUUACAUCGAUGACCUGAUCCUGUGGGGGGCAAGUGAAGAAGAGCUGCUAUUCAAAUUUGAGAGAUUGCUAGUGGCUUUGCGUGAAGAAGGUUUCACCAUAAACCUGAAGAAAAGCUACUUUUUUAUGCGCCGGGUUGAGGUUUUGGGAUUUGAAGUCAGUGCUGAAGGUGUGCGUCCAGGUGAAAGAAAAAUAAAAGCUGUAGCAGAUUUCCCAGUUCCUGAAACCGUCCACACAGUACAGCAGUUCCUGGGUUUAUCAGGAUUCUUCAGGAGAUUCGUGCAGGACUACAGUAUCAUAGCGGAACCGCUGUUCCGCUUGCUGCGGAAAGAAGCCGAGUUUGUGUGGGCGAUUGAACAACAGCGAGCAUUCGAGAAGCUCAAGCAACUUUUAGUGCGAAGACCUGUGCUGGUGCUCUACGACCCGAAUGCAGAAGUGGAACUACAUACCGAUGCGUCGAGUGUGGGUGUUGCUGGAAUUUUACUACAGAAAGUGGACGAGGUGUGGAAACCAGUGAGCUAUUUUAGCAAGAAGAAUUCAAAAACCGAAGUGAACUAUCACAGUUAUGAGCUGGAAAUGUUAGCGGUGGUGGCGAGCGUUGAUCGGUUCCGGCAAUAUCUCGUCGGGCGAUUUUUCGUGAUUCGUACAGACUGUUCGGCAGUGCGAGAUGCCUACGCGAAGAAGGAGAUGAACAAGAGAGUGGCCCGGUAUUUUUUGAAACUUUUAGAGUACGAUUUCCGUAUUGAGCAUCGCGAAGGCGCAAAAAUGCUCCAUGUCGAUGCUCUGAGUAGAUCGCCAGCUGAAGAACCCAGAGAGACUGAGAGUGUAGCGGACAGUAUUAUGGUGUUGGAGUUGUCGAAUUCGGACUUUAUUGUUAGUAUGCAGCGGCAAGAUCACCGACUGUUGGAAGUGAUUGAUAUACUGGCUCGUGAUCCAAGGUGUGACGAAGAUCGUCAGGUGCAGCAGAACUAG